AUGAAUAGUUUUAGUGAAAUGAUGUUAAAAAAAAUAUAUUUUGUUGAUGAUAAAAAUAUUAAUGGUAAAACUGAUAUAAAUGUUAAUGAAGAUAAUCCAUCAACAAAACAAGGUGGUGAAGUUAGAACUGCAGUUACUGGUAUAACACCAUUUUACAAAUCUGAUAUAGAACAAACGAAAGCUGAAGUACGUUAUGGAUCUUCUCAAAAUCUUCAAUAUCAAAGUGGAGAUUACAAAGUUAGAGAAAGUCAGGAACACAAUCGUAUGACAAUAAUAGAUCCUAAAGUUAAUUCAAAUUCAAAUAUACCUUCUUCACAAAUAUUUCAACAGAAAACUCUUGUCGGAGAUUUUCCUUCUCAACAUACCAAAAGAAGUUUUAUGAAUCUAGAUCCAUUAGAACAAAAAAGAUUUAAAAGUUUAGAGAGGAGACCUGUUACAACAACAAAUUAUUUACAAGAAAGUGUUGAAAGGCACAGAGAAAUGGAAGCAUCAAAAUUAAAAGAAUACCUUAAAACAAAUGAAAAAGAUGCUAAUAAACCAUGGGAUAAACCUGAUUGGCCGGGACCAAAACAAGAUCAUAGUGAAAGUCUUCGUGAGUUAGAACAAAUGAAACAUGCAAUUGAAACUCUUCAAAAGCAAGUAUAUUUUACAAGAGCUAAAUCAAUAAGUGAUUUAAGAAGUAAACCAAUACCAGAGGCAGAUAAUGAUGACCAAAAAAAUAGUCAUAAGCGCUCUCGUUCUCAGGAUCCUGGUUGGUUGAUACGAUUACGUAAAAAUCGUUACCUUCAAAAUGUUUCAUCAAACAAUACACCACAAUCAUUAUCUGGUAGAACAAUAAGUGCUGAUAAUAUAGAUAAAACCUCCUCCCGAAUGUCUUUGUUUAGCAACUUUUCUUCAAAAAAUAUGAGUGAAGGAUUGGAAAGGUUACCCGAGAAUGAUAAAGAUUUAUUUACAUCAGAAGAAGGAAGACCGGACAAAGGUGGAGAUUCAAUACUUUGGAAUCACAAAAAACAACUUCAUCUAAGUAAAUACACUUCUAAUUUAUGUUAUGCCGCAAAUGACGGUUCUGGUAAAAGUCAUAUACAAAAAUUAAAAAAUGUAUAUUUUGAACAAAUUAGACAAGAUCAAUUAAAACAUACUAAACAUAAAACAUCACCAUUAACUAAUAAUUUAAAUAGAAAUUACUCUACUCCUAGUCAUCAUUUAAGAAGCCAACUUGCUUCACCAAGUUUACCUAAUAUUAUUGAGGUACCACGUGAAGAGGUCAAUAGUGAAGGAGAUGAUGAAAGAAAAUCUUUUUACUCCAUUGAUCCUUAUAAAAAUAUCUUGGAACGACGAACAACUUUUGAAGAAAUUGAGGAAAUUAAACGUGAAACAAAUCAUACAUCACGUUAUAAUACUUCACAAAAAUUACCAUAUCAAUCAUCGAAAUUAGAAGAUAAUAGUAGUAGUAAUCGGGUAAAUUAUCAUAAACAACAAUUAAUUUUGCCAGAAAAACUUUCACAAGCUUCACAACCAAGUCAUAUACCACAAAAGCAACCAGAACAUGAAUUUCAUGAAAGAAUAAUGUCUCCAACAAUUGAUAGACAACUUCAUAUAAAUACACAAAACCAGCCCAAACCAAUAUUGAAACAAAACUAUAAAACUUCAACUCAAUAUCAGGAACAGGAAACGGGUUAUGCUUAUCAGCAUUAUCAAGAUGCACAAAUACAUCAAAGUACUACUUCUAUAACAACACCAAGAGGUACACAAAAAUCUCUAGAUCAAUCUCAACAUCUUGAUCCUAGAAAUCAAGCUAUUUCACCACAACCACGUAGUGUUAGUACAACAUUUGAAAUGUUAGAUGAAGAAGAAAGAUAUCGAAUUAUGCAAGAAAAUCUUAUGAAACAUAGACAAAGAAGUAAUAGUCAAAAUCGACAACCAAAAUAUCCUUUAGCAUCAUUUAAUGGACCAUUCUUUAAUUUAGAAGAAAUAUCAAAAAAUAAUUUAACUAAUAAUCAUUAUAUUCCUAAUCCAAGAGAACAAGAAAUACCAAUAACAAGACAAAAUGAUGAGUAUAAUCAUCCUAUAUACAUUAGUAAACAUCAUACAAUGACUAAAGAAAUGUCUACAACAGAAAUGGGAUUAAAUGAUGAAACAAAAUAUGUAGAUAUGACUAGUCCAAUGCAAAAUAAUGGUGUUGUUAUAUGGCCACCAUUACCUACAAAAAAUGAAGAAGAACACCCACGUCCAUCAUCAGCUAUGGCUAAAAGUAUGUACGAUCCAGAGAGAAGAAGAGAAUUUGAGAGACAAAAGCAAUUAGAAUAUGAAGCUAUAGCUAAACGUGAAAAAGAAAAAAGAAUACAAAUGGAAAAACAAUUAAAAGCUAUGCAACUUCAACAAAAACAUUUACUUGAACAACAACAAAAAAUGAUGGAAAAUGAAAAAGUAAAUUAUCAUGAACAUACAAGUAAUAUUCAUAAUCAACAAAUGUAUCAUCAACAAGAAUAUAAUGAAUCAAUGAAAAAUAGUUUACAUGAAUCAUUUAUUUCACCAUCAGAUCAACAUAAUCUUCGUAUUUAUGAAACAAGACCUAUAAGUGCUAUGUCUAUGGAUAAUCCUCAAUUUGCAACAGGAAAUGAAAUAUCACCAUCUUCUAAUCCAACAUGGAAAAGAACAUAUGUUUUAGAUUCAAAUGAAAGAAAAAAUAUUGAAAAAAAUAAAAUUGUUACAUCUGAAGAAUUGUUAGAAAAAGAUCAAUAUGAUAUAGAUAUUUUAAAGAGACGCGAAACAUUUAUUGAAAAACCAGAUAAACCUCCAGAAAUUAUAAGAUUGGGUAAACGUUGGCAACCACCCCCAGAAGAACCUUAUAUAUGGCCACAACUUAGAAAACCCCUUAACAGUGAUCCUGAUGGUAUAAGUAGAAGUAAUUCAAAUUUAUAUUCACCUCAGCGGGAUAAUACAGAUGAAUAUAAAUGGGCUCCAGUUGUUAGUGAUCCAGAUUAUAAAAAGGAAAAAAAAAAUUUUACACCCCAAAAUUCUCCUCCAUUAUCUCCUGUAAGACAUGGGGGUCUUCAAACACUUGAUGAAGUUAAUAAAAGACAAACAAAAUAUCUUAUCAAACCAUCUCCUGAUGGAAGUCAUAGACCACCUUCUGUAUUUAAAGCUAUUAGAAAUACUCCUUCAGGAGGUUUUUAUCCACAUGCACCAAAUGGUAUAAAAAUAGUUAAAAGAAGACUUCAUCAAUCACAUUCAAAUUUAACUGAAGAUCCUAAUUAUGGGACAGAGGAAGAAGAUAUUCAAAUAAUACAUGAAAGAAAUUUUCAUGGAGUAGAUUCUCCAACGAGAAGAGUAACACCAAUGGGAAGAAGUCAAAGUGUUCAUGAUUUAGGUAGAGAUCAUGAAGAAAUUAAUGAUUGGGAAAAAAUAUAUGAUUUACCAGCACACUCCUCAACAAUUCAAGGUAAAGAUAUACCACAUAAUGUAAAUCUCAAGAAAAGACUUGCAUUAUUUGAAAGUCAAGCUAAUUUAAUUCAACAAAAAUAUGCUGAAAAAGCUAAUCGUGAAAGGAGAACAUCAGAGAUUGUAAGUUUUUAA